CGCUGUGCCGCCGUCCGCACGUGUGGCGGGUGAGCAGGGGUAGGCUGCGGAGAUGUCGGUGUCAGUGGCUGCCGCGGGCAACCUGCCCAUGCGGCUGCUCCGAAAAAAGAUCCACAAGCGUAACCUGAAGCUGCGGCAGCGCAACCUGAAGCUGCGGGUGGCCGAAGGGACAGUGCCUCCGCCAGGCCAGGGACCAUCUCAGGACUCUCCGGAGGAAGAGGAGGAGGCGGCGGCCGCAGAGGCAGAAGCGGUGACUGCCGGAGCGGCCUCUGACGAGGCAGAGACGGAGACGGCGGAAACUGCCGGCCGGAGCGGCGGGGAGAAGAAGAAAAAGAAGAAGAAAAAGAGGAAAGCGGCAGCCAGUGCGGAAAAUGGUACAGAAACUAAAAAAGCCAGAACUGAAGAAGUUGAAUCUGUGGAGGUAGAAGAUGACCAUAAGCAGGAUUCUGAAGAAAAAGAAGAGGAGGAAGGGGAGGAGGAUGAUGUGCCCAGUUUACCGCUAGGUUUAACAGGCGCUUUUGAAGACAAUUCUUUUACUUCCCUGUCUGGCAUUGUCAGUGAGAAUACACUGAAAGGCAUAGAGGACAUGGGUUUUACACACAUGACUGAAAUUCAGCACAAAAGUAUUAAGCCACUUCUGGAAGGCAGGGAUAUUUUAGCAGCUGCGAAAACAGGCAGUGGCAAAACACUUGCAUUUCUUAUUCCUGCAGUGGAGCUCAUCUACAAGUUAAAAUUCAUGCCUAGAAAUGGAACAGGUGUUAUUAUUCUCUCUCCCACUCGAGAGCUUGCGAUGCAAACCUAUGGAGUUCUUAAAGAGCUCAUGAAUCAUCAUGUUCACACCUAUGGUCUGAUAAUGGGGGGCAGUAACAGAUCAGCAGAAGCCCAGAAACUUGGAAAUGGAAUCAACAUCAUUGUCGCAACACCAGGAAGACUGCUGGAUCAUAUGCAGAACACUCCAGGUUUCAUGUAUAAGAACUUGCAGUGUUUGGUAAUUGAUGAGGCAGAUCGUAUCUUGGAGGUUGGAUUUGAAGAAGAAAUGAAACAGAUCAUUAAACUUCUACCAAAGCGCAGACAGACAAUGCUUUUUUCUGCUACACAAACCAGAAAGGUUGAAGACCUGGCAAAGAUCUCUCUGAAGAAAGAGCCCCUGUACGUUGGGGUUGAUGACAACAAGGAGACAGCAACAGUAGAUGGUCUUGAACAGGGGUAUGUAGUGUGUCCAUCUGAAAAGAGAUUCCUUUUGCUCUUCACAUUCCUCAAGAAGAACCGGAAGAAGAAACUGAUGGUGUUUUUUUCUUCAUGUAUGUCAGUCAAGUACCACUAUGAAUUACUCAACUACAUUGAUCUGCCUGUUUUGGCUAUUCAUGGCAAGCAGAAACAAACCAAACGUACUACAACCUUUUUCCAGUUCUGUAAUGCAGAAUCUGGAAUACUGUUGUGCACUGAUGUAGCUGCCAGAGGACUGGAUAUUCCUGAGGUAGACUGGAUUGUCCAAUAUGACCCUCCAGAUGAUCCAAAAGAGUAUAUUCAUCGUGUUGGUAGAACUGCCAGAGGCAUAAAUGGUAGAGGACACGCUCUGCUCAUUUUACGGCCAGAAGAACUGGGCUUUCUUCGUUACCUAAAGCAAGCCAGGGUACCACUAAGUGAAUUUGAAUUUUCUUGGUCAAAAAUUUCAGACAUCCAGUCUCAGCUGGAAAAACUGAUUGAGAAGAACUACUUCCUUCACAAGUCAGCCCAGGAAGCAUACAAAGCUUACAUCAGAGCUUAUGACUCCCAUUCUCUGAAGCAGAUCUAUGAUGUCAAUAACUUGGAUCUUCCCAAAGUCAGCCUUUCAUUUGGUUUUAAAGUUCCUCCGUUCGUUGACCUCAAUGUGCACAGCAACCAUGGCAGAAGACUGCAGAAAAGAGGUGGAGGUGGAGGAUUUGGUUACCAGAAAUCAAAGAACGUCCACAAAGCUAAAAUCUUCAAACACAUUAACAAGAAAUCAGACGGGCGACAGUUCUCUCGUUAAUGGGAUGGUCUUUACAAUGGCUUGUGGCACUGGAACAGGCUACCUUCAGCUAAACAUCUGGCAGUUACUUCCAAGUUAAACUGCUCCUUUCCCCACAUUUUUAGAGAUCCCUAUGGUUUUGCUUCUGUGAACAUCUUUUAUCUUCCAGUUCAGGAAGACUGGAAGGGAGACAAAAGAUAGAAAGGGAGGAUAUGGCCAAGUAAUUUUGCCAUACUUCUUGUAAGGAAAAAGAUAGUUUAAUACAAUUAUCUUAACUCAAUACUACAGAGUUUUUUAUUAAAGAAAUAAAAAAAAAACCUGUCUAGGUUAAUUUGUCUUACAUUCACCCUUUUGUCUAUGCACACCCAUGAAAAUUGUUGGGAGUAGACAACACAAGGACAGAUUACAGUGUGAGAAAAGAAAAAAAAUCAAUUGUUCCCUUGAAAUGUUGCAAGGAAUUUUAGUGCUACAGAACUCUUUGUCCAUAAAAUAUGCUGAAGAAUAGGGGAAGAUUCCUUUAGAACACAACAUACCUAUGAAUAAUUAAGGCUUUAUGAGCUUGUGGUUAGUUUCAGUUGCGGUAUCUGUAGCAAAACAGUGUCCAAGCUUAUUAAAAAAACCACAAACACCAAUUUUCAUCACAUCUGGGACUUGCUUAAUACUGUUUCUUUUCAUGUGAUCAAAUGAUAACAUUCUAGUGAAGUGUUUGCUUUUCCUUCAUGUUCUCUUUAAAUCUAAAUUUAUCCGUCUGGUAAACGCUCAGUGUACUCUCUUAUGAAUAUUCUAAGAAAAUUAAGAAGAGCAGAUUGCAUAAAUUGAAGCACUCAGCCUAGAUAUAAUGUUCUGUGACCUUGGUGCAGUGAGAAUUUUUGCAGUUGUGUCCUGGGAAUUGCUUUUUAGUCUUAGUUAGAAGAUGAGUGGUGGGCAAAGUUAAAGAUGCUACCACAGAACUGAAGGGGUGGAGAGAUUCCAUAAGUGAAAAAGUGAAAUGGAGCAUGAACAGACUAGAAGGGUAUCCUGAGGAAGAAAUAUAAAAGACUGAAAAGGAAGAGAGCAGAAUGCAUACUG